AUGCAGUUGACAUCGCUGAUCACCGCCGCCGGCCUGGCCGUGUCCACCACCAGUGCCUUUCUACUUCCUGUCACCGAUAUUUCCGACAACGAUCAUGUCACAACUCUUCCUGUGCCCUCUGAGACGGACUUCAAGAUUGCAGUUCCAGAGACCGCAGAGGCACAGAAACUCGAGCUGCCCUGCCCGGGAUGUCCUGUGCCAAUCUCUCACCACAAGGGCGACCACCGCAAGCCACCCAAGGUCAAGACGGAUAUCCCUAGUCAUCUGGAACUGGCCUUUAGCAUCGACCAUGCCGCCGACCACGAUCGCCUAAUGCUCAACGACUUUGAGCUCUAUCCUCGGGGUAUGAGGCUAGCUGAUACAUUGGGCGCACAAGUGCUCCCCGACUCGGUUGAAGGCAAGCACAAGUUGCCCGGCCACCGAAAGCAGCACAAACCCAUCAUUCAGCCUCUUGGAUACGCCAUGAGCACGGCCCCCGUUGCACAGAGCACCGAUGAUGACCUCGAACUCGUCCAGAUUGAGCUGCAGAUUAUCGAAGUUGGCAACGUCUUUGUUGAUGGAGUGCCUACCGUCGAUAUCAAGGUCAUCAAGACCCCUGAGGGUGGACUCAUGAUUGGAGGUAUCCAGACUACCGAGUCCGAGACUCUUCCCAAGACCCCCAUGGAUAAGCAAGAGGAAUGUACUACUAUGCUUUGCAAGUGGAAGGCUAUGCUCUCGUCAUCCAUGGGUCGCUUCCGCCCUCACUGCGGUGGUGGACGCCGUCCCGCUCAUGCUGCAGGACAGCUUGACGGUCACCACGGACACCCAGCAUUCACUCACGGCCACGGACCCCACGGUCAGCAACACCGUCAUCGCUUCAGCCAUUUGCUUCGCAACAUUGCCUCGCACAUUCUGCUGCCUGUUGCUGUUGGCAUUGCAGCAGGAAUCACCGCCAGCAUCGUUGGCAUGAUGGUCGGGACCGCCAUUGUUUACCUAUGGCGUGCGUGCUUCCGACGUGGCGGUGCCCGCCGCCACCACCACCGCCGCGGUCACUCGACUCACAAGGCUGCCCGAAAGGAAGCUGCCGCCGAGGAUGAAAAGGCUGGUUUGAUGUCUAACCAGGAGGACGAUGUUGAUGCACCCCCUGCUUAUGUCGAAGAGGGUCUGGCCAACGAUAAGCCAUCCGAGAACUAG